AUGGAGGCUGGAUUAUCUGCCAUGAAUUCCAAAGCACAGAUGAGGAAUCAACUGUUGCAAAGCGAUAUAGGUAAUAUUGAUCUUUCUCAUGAAGUACCGAAUGGACAGCCCCCGCAACAACAGUACCAACAAACGUUCAAUCGUCCCGUACAACCGCAAUACUAUGCAAAUAGGUACCCACAGGAAGAGCCAGAGAGAAGAGCUUACUCAUUGAACCAAAAAUCUAUCUCUGGGUUUUUUAGAAAUAGAGGUGGGAAAUUGCCCCACAGGAAAGGAAAAUAUGAUAGUUCGAAAGAUGAAGAGGAAGAAGUUAUAGUAGAUGGAGAUAUGUCUACUAUGACGUUUAACGAUAUUCGUACUUCUCAGAAUAGAGGUGGUGAAAGAUACGGUCAUGGUAGUGAUACUGCGCCGAUAAUCCCGACAUUGGUCACUCAAAGUCAUAAUAAUAUGAAUAAUGUUGAAUAUAGAAAACAUAUGACCGCACAGAGGAAAUAUGCGAUGAAUGCGAUGGCUAGGCAACAGAAGCCCGAUGCUAGGGCCAUGUCGUUACAAGGCUACGGCAACCCGUACAGAAUGCAUCCUCAGUAUCAGGCAUCUAAUGCACAGGAUCCUUACGGUAACUCUCGAGCCAAUUCGCUCGUACAUCCACCUCCGCAGUUCCAAAGAGGUGGGUUUCCUCCAUAUGGUACAUCUGGCGGGCCAGCAGGUGGUCCACCAAAUGGGCUGCCAAAUCGAGGGCCUAUGCCCAACGGACCUCGUGCGAUGUCUCUCAUGACACCCUACUCAAGACCACCAAACAUGAGACCACAAAAUGAGUUUCAUCAACCUUCACAACAGAUGCAUAGACAACAGGGUUUGUCGUCGGAGAGUUUACGAUCCGAACAACCAUACAGGCAGCCACCAGAGAACUUACCAGGACUAAGAGAACAGCCAUACAGGGAAGGUCCUCCACCAGAGAACCUCCAAGGGCCAGUCGAGCACUUUAGGCAGCCAGGUCCCUCUUCAGAAUACGUUCCAGGACGAAGUGAACAGCCAUACAGGCAAGAUCUUUCAUCAGAGCACUUACCAGGGCCGGCCGAGCAAUUUAGACAGCAUGGUCCCUCGUCAGAAAACCUAGCAGGGCGAACCGAACAGCCAUUCAGACAGGGUCCCACAUCGGAGAAUUUAUCAGGCCGUUCAGAGCCACAGGGUCAAUCUUUGGAUUUCAAAGCACAUAGGCCAGGACCUAGCGCCCAAUUGAACGUCUUACAACUAUCAGCACCACAGCAGAACGAUUUGAAGGAAAAAGAACGCUCGUUGGCAGAACGUGAGAAGGAAUUGAAGAAGAAGGAACGGCUAAUCAAGGAGCAAGAAACUCAAAUCAAGCAUGAUCUAGAGCAAAAGCAUAAACAAAUAAAGCCACAACUAUUACAUGCAAACGUUGAAGAUGUCAACUUGGACCCAUCACCAACAUUGCAAAACGGCUUGAAAUCACUCACGGUCAAUGACCGUGACGUUCCAGGAGAUGAAGUGCAUAACAGAGUCUCUAUGGGUACAUUCGUAUCUGCAUUUAGUGCAUCUCCAGAAAAGCGUAGGAAUUUAAAUCCAUCGGGCAUGUAUCAGUUGGAGAAGCAUGAUAAUAGCGCCUUUGUUACUGCACAAGAGUUUCCUCAGGGCACUGAAAAUAGGUCCCCAGAGAAAUCAGAAGAUGUUGAAGAAGGAAACUCGACUUUGACAAAUAUCAAUGUGUCGGAAGCAAAUGGAACCUCCGAUGCUACGUCCGAUCAGAGAAGGAAAAGAUCUUCAUUGAUCAGGGCAAAGGAUUUCCUAAGGAAGCUAUCGUCCCAUAGUUUGAAGGAUAAUGACGCUCAGUUGCCGCCUAGCCGCGCAAGUGUGGCUAGCAUACCCAGUUCAGAGGCUCUACAGGGAACGGCUGCCAAAAGAGAACUCAGUGGACAAGUUGUCAGGAAGAACAAGGCUGAGGAUGAGCUUGCGAGAAGUACGGAGCCAAAUAAUGACCCUGACUCUUUCAUAUUCGACAACACCGUGGGUAAACCUUACGUACCCAGUUUUGCUACCAACGAAGAAGUCGCCGAGACUGAUAAGUUCAAGACAAUUACGAUUUCUGGUGAGCAACUCAACAUCCUCACCGAAAACAAAGAACUUAUGAGCGAAUUGACGCUGGUUUCAAUGGAACUGGCCGAAUCAAUUAAGAGAGAGACAAUACUGGAAGAACAAAUUAGGACUUCAAGCGAUCCAUCACAGGCAGAAGCUCAACUUUCUUUGGCAGAUUUUGAGAUCGAACUACGUAAGAAAUCUUCCAAGAUUGUCGAAUUAAUACAACAAUUAAACAAUGAAAGAUUAAAGAGGUUCAUAGCAGAAGAACAAGUACUGUUGUUUGAGAAUGAAGUCAAACCCAGUUCACUCGAGCUAGUGAACAAGAUUUCGGAAUUGCAAAGCCUUUUAGAGACAAAAGACAAUGAGAUCUCCAAGCUUAAGGACCAACUUUUAUAA